GGCGGGGUGGAGCGGUGGGGGGGUGGGGGCGUUGUCGCUACGACCUAGGGCCGGCGGCAGCUCGGUGGUCCUGGAGCUAUGGCCGCGUCGGUCUUCUGCUGCCUGCGGUGCUGCAGGGACGGCGGGACCGGCCAUAUCCCCCUGAAGGAGAUGCCGGCCGUGCAGCUGGACACGCAGCACAUGGGAACAGAUGUUGUCAUUGUAAAAAAUGGAAGAAGAAUAUGUGGAACAGGAGGUUGUUUAGCUAGCGCACCUUUACAUCAAAACAAAAGCUACUUCGAAUUCAAAAUACAGUCCACAGGAAUCUGGGGUAUUGGUGUUGCAACUCAGAAAGUUAACCUGAAUCAGAUUCCUCUCGGCCGAGAUGUGCACAGUUUGGUGAUGAGAAACGAUGGAGCUCUGUACCACAACAAUGAAGAGAAAAACAGGCUGCCAGCAAACAGCCUUCCUCAGGAGGGAGAUGUGGUGGGUAUUACGUAUGACCAUGUAGAAUUAAAUGUGUAUUUGAAUGGAAAAAACAUGCAUUGUCCAGCAUCAGGUAUACGAGGGACAGUGUAUCCAGUUGUGUAUGUUGAUGACAGUGCAAUUUUGGAUUGUCAAUUCAGUGAAUUUUACCAUACUCCUCCACCAGGUUUUGAAAAAAUACUGUUUGAACAGCAGAUCUUCUAAAUAGAUUUGUUUUUGAAACUUGUACUUCUUCACUGUUACAAGUAUUUCCCAGUUAAUAAAACUUUACCUGGCUAUAGAUAAAAAUAUAUUCUUUAAAACUUGCUUGUUAAUAUUGUCAAAGGAACCAUUAUAUACAAUGUACAACUCAGAAGUUUUAAUUUUAAAUACUUAUGCUUUAUGAUAUGAAAAUCUGCAUUGUGGGCAAUUUAUUUAAUUCCUAUUUAAAUAAAUGUAACUAUGAGUGAUUAACAGUAUUUAGUGACAACAUGUAUAUCAGUAUUUAAAGGGAAUCUUUUCUUAUAUAUAAAAUGUUUGUUUUGAUAGAGAUGUAAAAUUGAGUUGUUUUUAAUAUCACUUUGAACUUUAGACCUCUAAGUGUAUUUAAGUCUGCAGUUUGAUACUUUUUGUCUCCUUGUCCAUUUUUAUACACAGUAUAACAAAACAACAAAAUUUAUUAGCAAUUUCAUUUUGGUCUUUUUACUGUACUCAUGUACCACUUUUCUUAAUACUUUGAUUGCCUAUUCCUUUGUGGUGUGUGGCUGCUUUUGACUUGCUUUGUUGAAGGAGAUAAGUGUUCUAGUCAUUGUAAGAGCAAGCAGUGGCUGAUUGAUGAUAUAGUAAGAUACUUUAAAUUUAAAUGAGAUGAUUCUUUGAAGGACUUCUAUUUAAAUAUGUAUUUUCUAUAAGGAACAAUAAAAUACUAGUAAUUAAGGAAUAUUCAUAACAUAUUAAAUAUUCUUCCCAUCUUAAUUUAUAGAGGACAUUCACUUUGCCUUUGACUAUUUUAGAAGUUCAAGGAUAAGCAAGUCCUCCCCAUUAGCCUGAUACUUGUCCUUACCAUUACCUUUAGUUAAAACUCCACUGACCUGAUAAGGUACUGAUCUUCAGGUACAUUCAAAUGAGCAUGUCACGAUGCAUACCUUUCACUCCUUUAAUCAGGUAGUAACUUAAGUUGACUAGAUUUGCAGUUGUGUUGCCUACUUCCUUGUUUCCUCAAGAGAAUUCCUCAAUACCUGGACUCCUAGGUUUCCCCACUUAUAAAAGGGACAGUUAUGCUUAUCUGAUAGGUUCUGUCUAGCCGAUAAGGGUAGUGUACCUGCGCCUUACUCAUCAUAGGCCCUGCACACAUGCAGUUUCCAAGUUGCAGUGGAACAGUGUCUGCUGGUGCGCGUCUGGCCAGCAGUGGUGAUGGCAGUACCUCAGAACUUUUGAGUUCAUGGACAGUCAGGCCCCAGCCUAGACCCCUAAAUCAGAAAAGUUGAGGACAGCACCAGGCAUUUGUUUUUGAACAAGCACUUGGGUGGACUUGAUCCUCACCCAAGUUAAUCACUGUGAAGGAAAGAACCACUGAAAGAUUUUUCACAAUGAAAAAAGAAAGAAAAAAAAAAGAACCACUGAAAGGAGAGAAUGCUUCAGGAAGAAUUACCUGCUAUAUAUUUUGUACAGAUUUAAUAUGCUAUUUUUGCCCUAUAAGCUAAAGAAUUCUGCGCAAUGCUUGGUUACUAUUUUGGUAGAUAAAAAUGUGACUGCUUUGAAAACAGAUAUGCUUAUGUACCAUACAUAUUGACAUAAAUCCCACAUUUUACCUCUGUGAAGAUCUAUGAAGUUUAGGUAUAUAUGUUAUUUAUCCAUGUUCAUCGGACUGUCCGUAAUUUUUGUAAAAAAAAAAAUGUUUCCAUAGGGAAGUGACUUAAAGUGGCUACUGUUCUCUGUCUAUAUAAUGUUAUCUACCUCUAAGUUUUGUUUUUACAAAGCCAAACUUUAUUAUUCUGCUUUGUAAUCAUACAGAGACAUAAUGCUUGACAUAGUACAUGAAUUAUAUCUAUGGUAAUAGUUUGAAGUCUAGAUGUGUGUUGAAUCUGUAGGUAAUAAAUUCCUCUUAGGAUGAUUACACUGAGCUGCUCUUCCUUCCAAAACUCAUACCUUAGUCUAACAGUGAGCAAAUUACAAAAAGAUCAUUGUACAAACCAUUUGGUAAUAUCCUUCAGUGCUGUCAAGGAGUAGGCUACACCUGUAAUCUCAACUAUUUGGGAGGAAAUCAAGAAAAUCUCCAUUUGAAGCCAGUCUGGAUAAGACCCAAUCUCAAAAAGCCAGUUGUGAACAUGCAGGCUUGUAAUCUUAGCUACAAGGGAGGUGCAGGU